GAAGCGUGGGGCUGAAGGUGAAGCGGGUCUGUCUCCGUGGUUCUGGUUCUGAAGUUCGGAGCGUCAGCGUUUUUAGAAAGAGGCUAAAAUGUCCUUAUUUAUGUCUGAAGAGUGUGUCUUUAUUUUUAUGUAAUCAGAAGUUGUUGUUUUUUUUAAUCGAGCCCGGACCGAGAGGAAAACAGCAGCACAGCGCCGAUGUCGAAGAUGCUGCGUCUCCUGCGUCCGGCUCUGGUCUGUCCGAGCCCCGCCCUCGCGUCCCUGGCCCCGCCCCUCCACGUGCACGCGCCCGUCCUCGUGCACAGGGCUCACGUGCACACGCCGGUGCAGGUGGCGGAGCAGUUCCUGGUGGGGUUUCAGGAGAUGAGCGGCGCCUCCUGGUGGUUCAGUAUAGCAGCAGCGACUCUGACCGUCCGCUCCACCGUGACUCUGCCCCUCGCCGCCUACCAGACCGUGAUCCUGCACCGGGUGGAGGCGCUGCAGAAGGAGAUUGCGCAGCUUUCCCAAAGGCUCAGUUAUGAAGUGUCUGUGAAGGCCAAACAGGUGGGCUGGAGCGAGAAGACCUGCAGGUUCCAGUUUAAGAAGAACAUGAAGAGGAUCGUGUCCGAACUCUACAUCCGAGACAACUGCCACCCGCUCAAAGCCUCCAUCUUGGUCCUGGUCCAGGUCCCGGUCUGGAUCAGCCUCUCUCUGGCGCUCAGGGACCUCAGUCUGGACUCCAGCGGCGUGUACUCCGCGCUGGCUGCAGGGGGCGCUCUCUGGUUCAAAGACCUGACUGUCCCGGACUCCACCUGGAUUAUUCCCGUGUCUCUGGGGCUCACCAACCUCCUGCUGGUGGAGUUGGCGUCCCUGCAGCAGAGGCCUGUCUCCGGGCGUUUCCAGAAGCUCGUCCUUCACUCGUUCAGAGCCGUGUCCCUCCUCAUGAUCCCCGUGUCUGCGUACGUCCCCACGUGCAUGUCUCUGUACUGGCUCAGCUCCAGUUUGGUGGGACUGGGCCACAACCUGCUCCUGCGCUCGCCCCGAGUCCACAGACUGAUCCGGGUCCAGACCGAGUCCAGUACCCCCUACAGAGACCUGUACGCCGCCUUCCUCGCCAAGUACCUGCGCUGAACCACCGGAGCGGCUCUGAGGGGGGGGGGGGGGCAGAGCGUGCACGCCGGAUGCCCUCCCUCGCUCCGGGUGUGUGUCAGAUGCCCUCCCUCGCUCUGGGUGUGCGUCAGAUGCCCUCCCUCGCUCUGGGUGUGCGUCAGAUGCCCUCCCUCGCUCCGGGUGUGCGUCAGAUGCCCUCCCUCGCUCUGGGUGUGUGGGUGUGCGUCAGAUGCCCUCCCUCGCUCUGGGUGUGCGUCA